AUGCCUCACACAAGCCGCAAGAAAAAGGGUCACCACAGCAAGAGGAGGGAAAUUGUGGACAAUGAUGGAUGGACGAGAAUCACCUCCAGUUCUUCAACGCCUCUAACAAUCGAGCUAGACCCAACCAAGAGCGAGCCAGAGCAGGUCCCAAAAGGGAGUACUUGCGCACCCAGUCUUGCGAUGGACCUUCCAGUGCUCCCGCCUCCAAUGCCAGCUGCCAAAGGGUCGACGCUUGAGACUAUGCGAGCGCAGUUCGCCAGGAUUGAGGCGAGAUGGCGAGAAACAGACCUAUGCAAAAAGCUUGAAGAAAUGCUCAGAUACAAGAUCUUGACCGGCGGCUGUAACAUCUCUUACUGUGCUGUCUUUGGGACAGGCAGCUUCUGCGGUGACGCGGUUCAUUGGAUUGACAGACACGAGUCGGCCUAUUUCCAACUGGCGGCUUUCCAGACUGUGGUCAAGUCGAUAGAACGAAUGCAGGGGCAUGUUCUGCAAGUUUAUGCCCAGGAACCGUACUAUAACGAGCUCGAUGCUCUUUUCCUGGCCGGCUUCAAUAUCACGAAAGUUGAUCACCCAAAAGGUUUCGAACUGCUUGAUCGGGAUUCGUUCGCCUACUCCCCGGCUGCGGAGGCAGAGGUGGAGCGCCAGAUCAUAUCUCGCGCUCCACAGAUAUGGCUACAUAGGUCGAUCGACCACUCCCUUGAAGGGGACAAGAGCACAAGCUCUGAAACGAGAGACCAAUUCAAAAUGAGCCAUGAGCACGCGGUUCUGCCUGAGCUGGACCUCAAAAACUUCCCGUUCCAUGGCUCGGUGCUCUGGUGGCGCAGGAAUGAUGACAGGGAUGAGUCUAUGCAGGCUUCAUGA